AUGACCUUAGUAUCCUCCAGUAAAAGAAAACCAUCGGAUUGCUUUUACGCGGCAGCAUUCUGCUUGCAUUUUUUGCUUUGGAUUUCGUGUGCCGUGUCCGGAGAGGAGCAUCAUCAGUUCAGCGUUGAGGGAUGGCUACAGAGGUAUGGCUACCUUCCCCGCACAGAACCGGGAAUGUCUGUCCUGCGCUCGGCCCAAACCAUGCACUCAGCCAUCGCUGCCAUGCAGCGCGUCUAUGGUCUCAAUGUCACAGGGACACUGGAUGAGAAAACCAAGGAUUGGAUGCAAAAGCCACGCUGCGGAGUUCCGGACAAAUUUAAAAGUGCGUCAAGGUCACGGAGGCGGAGAUACGCGCUGACAGGACAGAGGUGGCAGCGUGCACACAUAACCUACAGCAUAAAAAAUGUCACGCCGAAGGUGGGCGCCCGGGAGACCCACGAUGCCAUCCGGCGGGCGUUUGACGUGUGGCAGGGCGUGACUCCGCUGCGCUUCGAGGCCGUUCCGUACAGCGCCCUGGAGACUGGCAGGCGUGACGUGGACAUCACCAUCAUCUUCGCUUCAGGUUUUCACGGCGACAGCUCGCCCUUCGACGGCGAGGGAGGAUUCCUCGCCCACGCCUACUUUCCAGGCCCAGGGAUAGGAGGGGACACACACUUUGACUCCGACGAGCCUUGGACCCUGGGGAACCCCAACCAUGAUGGUAACGACCUGUUCUUGGUUGCGGUUCACGAGCUGGGCCAUGCCCUCGGCCUGGAGCACUCCAACGACCCCACUGCUAUCAUGGCUCCUUUCUACCAGUACAUGGACACGGAGAACUUCAAACUACCUCAUGACGACCUGCAGGGCAUCCAGAAAAUCUAUGGCCCUCCAGAUAGAGCUCCACAGCCCACCAGGCCCCCACCCACGGUCCCGCCUCCUCGCUUUCACCCACCUUCAGACCCACGUAAGCACGACCGCCAUGCCAGACCCCACCGGCCUCCGCAGGGGGCCAAACCCUCCAACCCCAACUCCAAGCCCAACAUCUGCGACGGAGGCUUCAACACGCUGGCCAUCCUCCGACAGGAGCUCUUCGUGUUCAAGGACCAGUGGUUCUGGAGGGUGCGGGACAACUCGGUGGUCCCUGGCUACCCCAUGCAGAUCAACUACUUCUGGAAAGGCUUGCCUCCUAAAAUUGAUGCCGUGUACGAAAACAGCGAAGGGAAGUUUGUCUUUUUCAAAGGAAACCGUUUCUGGGUCUUCAAGGACACAACUCUCCAGCCUUCGUACCCUCAGGACAUCUCGCUGUUCGGGACGGGCAUGCCCACACAGAGCAUCGAAACAGCUGUCUGGUGGGAGGAUGUCGCCAAAACCUACUUCUUCAAAGGAGACAGGUACUGGAGGUACAAUGAGGACAUGAGGACCAUGGACCCAGGUUACCCUAAACCCAUCACCAUCUGGAAGGGCAUCCCUGAUUCACCGCAGGGAGCUUUUGUGGAUAAGGCCAACGGCUUCACCUACUUUUAUAAGGGAAAGGAGUACUGGAAGUUCAACAACCAGCUGCUCCGUGUGGAGCCCGGCUACCCGAGGUCCAUCCUGAGGGACUUCAUGGGCUGCGACGGCCUCCCCGCCGACCCCGACUGGGACUGGAGCCCCCCGGUGGCGGAGGAACGCCACUACGACAACGGCGACGUGGACGUCGUCAUCAAACUGGACAGCGCGGGGGGUACAGAGAAGGCGGUGGCCAUCGCCAUCCCCUGUGUUCUGGCUCUGUGCAUGAUGGUCCUCCUCUACACCGUUUUCCAGUUCAGGAGGAAGAGCACGCAGCGCCACAUACUGUACUGCAAGCGCUCCAUGCAGGAGUGGGUCUGA